AUGGCGCCUACCGAGCCUAUUCUGCCCGUCAAGGGUAAAAACAAUAUCUUGAUCACUUCGGCCCUGCCCUACGUGAACAACGUUCCUCAUCUGGGCAACAUUAUCGGCAGUGUGCUUUCGGCCGACGUCUUCGCUCGCUACUCCCGCGCCCGCGGCAACCCUACCAUCUACAUCUGCGGCUCUGAUGAGUACGGCACUGCGACCGAGACCAAGGCUCUUGAGGAGGGCGUCGACCCCGCCACCCUUUGCGCCAAGUACCACGCCAUCCACAAGGGCAUCUACGACUACUUCGACAUCUCCUUCGAUAUCUUCGGUCGCACCCCAACCCCCCAGCAAACCGAGAUUGUCCAGGAUAUCUUCCUGAAGCUGUGGAAGAAUGGCUACAUUGAGGAGCGCGAGACUACCCAGCCCUUCUGUCCUGUCGAGGCCCACAACACCUUCCUUGCCGACCGCUUCGUCGAGGGUAUCUGCUCAGUCUGUGCCUACGACGGCGCCAGAGGUGACCAGUGCGACAAGUGCGGUAACCUCCUCGACCCCUUGGAGCCCGAGUCCGAUCCGAACGCUACUGCCGACGAUGAUGUCGCUGCGAAGGCCACUGGCUGGCUGAUCAACCCCCGUUGCAAGCUCGACGGAGCUACCCCCGAGAAGCGCAAGACGAAGCAUCUGUUCCUGAAGCUCGACGCCCUCAAGGACGAGCUUGUCAAGUGGUUCCAGUCUUCCAGCAAGAAGGGCGCGUGGAGCAACAACGCCGAGCAGAUCACCCAGGCUUGGAUUGACAAGGGCCUGAAGCCUCGUGGCAUUACCAGAGAUUUGAAGUGGGGUGUUCCCAUCCCAACCGGGGAAGUCGGCGAGGACUACGCGAGAAAGGUCUUUUACGUGUGGUUCGACGCUUGCAUUGGCUAUGUCUCCAUCACCAAGAACUACACCGACGGCGACGAUCUCGCCGGUAAGAAGUGGGAGCAGUGGUGGAAGAACCCAGAUGACGUUAAGCUGUACCAAUUCAUGGGCAAGGACAACGUCCAAUUCCACACCAUCAUCUUCCCCGGUUCUCAGCUCGGUACUGGUGAGAACUGGACGAAGCUCCACAAGAUCUCCACCACAGAAUACCUUAACUACGAGGGCGGCAAGUUCAGCAAGUCGAGAGGUGUUGGCGUCUUUGGCAACCAGGUUCAGCAGACUGGUCUCCCCGUUGAUGUUUGGAGAUACUACCUGCUCGCCCGCCGGCCAGAGACUUCCGACUCCGAGUUCAUGUGGCAGGAGAUGGUCGACGGCAACAACAACGAGCUUCUUAAGAACCUUGGCAACUUCUGCCAGAGAGUGAACAAGUUCUGCCAGGCCAAGACCGAUGGCGCUGUUCCCGAUUACACCAAGUACACUGAUGACUACCUAAAGAACCAUGCCAACGAGGUCAACGCUCUUAUUAAGGAGUACAUCAACAACAUGGAGGGCACCAAGAUGAGAGCUUCUCUGCAGACCAUCCUGAGCAUUUCGGCUCUCGGAAACAAGCUUCUCCAGGACAACAAGCUCGACAACAAGCUACUUACCGAGGAGCCCGACCGCUGCGCUGCUGUCAUCGGUGCGGCCCUGAACCAGAUCAACCUUAUCGCAUCGCUGGUCAGCCCCUUCCUCCCUAACACCUCCAAGGCCAUCUUUGAGCAGCUUGGCGUCGACACCAAGCCUGCCAUCCCCGAGAGCUGGAUUGCCGAUGCCAUCAAGCCCGGCCACAAGCUCGGCGAGCCCAAGCACCUGUUCUCUCAAAUCCCCGCGAGCAAGAUCGACGAGUGGAAGGACGCUUUUGGCGGUGAGGAGGUUCGCAAGCAGAAGGAGGAGGCCGCAGCAAAGGCUGCUGCCAAGAAGGCGGCCAAGGAGGCAGACAAGGCCCGCAAGAAAGCCCGUAAGGAGGCUGAGAAGGCCAAGGCUGCCGGUGCGGCCUCGACGGUCGAGUCCGGUGAGAAAAAGGCCGAGGCUGACCCGGCCAUCGAGUCGGUGACGGAGGCGAUUGCCAAGGCAGAUGUGCACACAUCCUAA